CGGCAUGCACUCUGCCCCUUAUGACCUAUAGUACUCCAGACGGUAGACUACCGGUAUCUGAGCCAUGGAUUGCCCUCAUCAAGAGGGGGCAGUGUGAGUUUGCUGUGAAAGUGAUGAACGCUCUACGUAACAACGCAUCAGCUGUCCUUGUGUACAACGACAAAGAAACGCACGUCCUUGACAAAAUGAGAAUUCCACCUGAACUCGGAAAUAUUAGUGCCGUGUUAACGUAUAAGAGGAAAGGCGAAGGUUUGGCUAGUCUUGUGGAUGGAGACGUUAGGGUAAUGACAUACAUCACAGUGGGCAACCCCUGUCCCAAGGAAAGCUCCAAUAUCAACAGGACCUCAGUUUUGUUCGUCUCCUUCUCGUUUAUUGUGUUGAUGAUCAUAUCUCUGGCCUGGCUAGCUUUCUAUUACGUCCAAAGGUUUCGUUAUGUCCACGCAAAGGACAGACUUUCGAGACGGUUAUGCAGUGCUGCUAAAAAGGCAUUGUCAAAAAUUCCAACAAAGAAUAUAAAGUCUGAAGACAAGGAAAUACAAGGGGAUGGUGAAUGUUGUGCUGUAUGCAUUGAACCGUAUAAGAUCUCCGAUGUUCUUCGCAUCUUGCCGUGCAGACAUGAAUUUCACAAAUUCUGUAUUGAUCCAUGGCUGUUGGAACAUAGAACUUGCCCAAUGUGUAAAAUGGAUAUACUUAGACAUUAUGGAUUUGUUGCCACAUUGCUGCCACGAUCCAGACUGUCUGCAACAGCUGCUAGAGUGUUUACUGGUAGCCAAGAAAGCAUUUUGCACAUGGACAUUGAGGAUGUAGGAUCUGGUAUAAAUAAUGAUACUGACAGACUGCAGCGGAGAAAUCUCAGGACUGUAUCACAGAUUCGACCCGUGGAACACCAGAUAUCUGGCUCUGCUUCCCCUGAGGUUCAGAGCCGAAGCAGCCGCGCGUCAACUCCUGAUGAACUCACACCAACUUUAUGUUCAGAUCAGUGUUAUGUGGGUGUUAUACCUCAGCCAGUAGAAUCUCCUGGCACGAUGGACACAUCAACAAACUACAGUACAGCAACUGCAGGUGCUCACCACAAACCAGAGAUGUGCAGCAAGAAGUUCAUGGAGACUACUGCCAAUAACAGCUGUCGUACUGCCCAUAAAUGUGAAUGCGAUGAAGAAGAGGAAAGUAGUCAGAGCUCAAGCACAAGUAUCAGCACUAGCUCAUCUCACAAGAAAACAGAACAGGUCAGCAAGGCAGGUACAGGAGAAUAAAGGACGGUUGUGCAGAAACUGAAUUUCUUCAGUUAGCAGCAGCAGCAAUGUAAUGUUGAUCGUGCAUUGCUGUGUCGAAAGUUAUCCUCUACAUAUAUCUACGUGCUUGACCGCUCUAAGAUCUGGACACAAAUAUUUUACUUUUAUCCUAGUCUUAAUGGAUGCAACAAGCAUACUUAAUGUAAUAUUAUACUGCAGCAUGUUGCAGGAAGGAGUUUUCUAUAACUACGCUACUUGUCAUCCACAGGAAAUAUCAUAGGUUAAAUUGUUACAAAGAAAGAACAGCUAUUUAACAGAAUUACUUAAUGUUUGUUGGUCAUGUUUCACAGCAUAUGCACCACCAGCGGUCAGAACGCUGGGCUUGUAAUACUGGGGUUCCAGGUUCGAUUCCUGUCAGUGCUCAGAU